AUGUUACAUGCAUCUGGAUCAUUAUCUCCCGAUAGUAAUUUUGAGGGAAGAUUAAUUGUUAUUUCAAAUAGAUUGCCAGUUUCGCUGAAAAAGGAGGAGAAUGGACAAUGGACGAGUAAGAUGAGUUCUGGCGGUCUGGUGGCAGCGCUCUCUGGACUAAAGUCUACGAGUUUUCUGUGGGUCGGAUGGAUAGGAACAGAGAUCGACCCUGAGGAUCGCGAAUACGUGAAGAAAUUGCUGAUGGAAAAGCACAACUGUAUUCCAGUGUUUCUCUCUGAGAAACUUGCAAAUGACCACUACAAUGGAUUCUCGAAUGGCGUGUUGUGGCCGUUGUUCCACUAUUUGCCGGGUGACCUCGAUUAUGACGACAGACUCUGGGACUCCUAUGUGGAGGCGAACCAGGAGUUUGCCAACGUCGUGCUCUCCAUUAUGGGCAGCGACGAUUUGAUAUGGGUGCACGACUAUCACUUGAUGCUGCUACCAGAGUACAUCAAGAAGAAGCAGGUCGACGCUCGCAUUGGAUUCUUCCUGCACAUUCCAUUCCCUUCGUCAGAGAUCUUCCGUGUGCUGCCGUGUCGCAAGGAGAUAUUGAUGGGCGUUCUCAAUUCGAAUCUCAUUGGAUUCCACACCUAUGAUUAUGCCAGACAUUUCCUGAAGGCGUGCACCAGAAUCCUAGGAUUGGAGACAGCUCCGAACGGAGUGUAUGUCAACGACAAGUUCAUUCCGGUCGGUGUCUUCCCAGUCGGUAUAGAUCCAGACAAAUUCUUUGAUCUUCUCAAGCAAGAUCAAGUACAAAACAGAAUAGCUGCACUCAAGAAAUCGUUCGAAGGCAUGAAGGUAAUCAUUGGAAUCGAUCGUCUCGACUACAUCAAAGGACUUCCACAGAAACUACAAGCAAUGGAAAGAUUAUUCCAAAAAUAUCCUGAGUGGAAAGGUAAAAUUGUAUUAAUUCAAGUUGCAGUUCCAUCAAGACAAGAUGUUGAGGAAUAUCAAAGAUUAAAGAAAGAUGUUGAAGAACUAGUCGGUAGAAUCAAUGGAUUAUAUGGUUCUCUUGGUGAAAGUCCUAUUCACUAUCUUUUCCAAUCGGUUGAUUCCGUUGAAUUGACUGCACUCUACAAUAUCUCUGAUGCAUGUCUAAUCACAUCAAUAAGAGAUGGUAUGAACUUGGUUGCACAAGAAUUCAUUUCUUGUCAAUCCGAGAAGAAAGGUGUUCUAAUUCUUAGUGAAUUUACAGGUGCUGCUCAAUCACUUAGUGGUGCGGUGAUGAUUAAUCCGUGGAAUACAGAGGAUGUUGCAGAUUCAAUUAAUAGUGCAUUGUUGAUGUCUGAGGAAGAGAGAGAAGAGAAACAUAAUAUGCUCUUCAAUUUCAUCAUUAAACACACUGCUGCUCACUGGGGAAAUGGAUUCGUUCGUGAACUUUACAAAGCUAGUUAUCAGGCCGCCCAAAUUACUUCGGUGCCAAAGUUGAAUAUCGAUAAGGUUGUUGAAGCCUAUCGCACCAGUUCAAAGCGAUUGUUGGUGUUUGCCUACGAUGGAACUCUCAUUCCCUACUCUAAUAUACCGUCGUUGUGUAAGCCGUCCGACGACUUGCUGGACAUCAUGCGCAACCUCUCGAACGACCCGAACAACGAGAUCUUCCUGCUGAGUGGACGUGACAAGAAGACACUGGGUGAGUGGUUCGACGGCUUGAAGAUCGGUCUCUCUGCAGAGUUUGGCUGUUUCACCAAGAAUCCAGACUCGCCAGAGUGGGAGCAGAUGUGUCCUUCGAUGGACAGUAGCUGGAAGGAGACGAUUCGUCCGCUCUUCAAGUACUUUGCUCUGAGAACACCGGGUUCGUUCUUUGAGGAGAAGGAGAUGCUCUUCACUUGGCACUAUAGAAACGCCGAUCCAGUGUUUGGAUCGAUUCAGGCCCGUGAACUACAUCUUCAUCUCGAUAACUUGCCACUCGAUGUAAUCGUUGGCGACAAGACACUCGGUGUUCGUUCCUACAAUAUCAAUCCAACGACUUCGCUGCGUCGCGUCAUUCUCGAUUCCAUUCCAAAGGGUUUGGACUUUGUGCUGUUGAUUGGCGACACACAUAUUCAUCCCAACGAACUGCCACAGAUCGAUGGUAAACAAUUUACAGUCUCAGUAGGAAAGAAGAGUAGCAAAGAGAAUUUCUAUCUAAAUGAAUCAUCGGAAGUUAAAUAUCUUCUAAAGAGACUGAUUGAAACUCAGGAGAAGCCAGGUCAUCCAAUUAGUUAA